CUUCAAGUUGUUGUUCGCACUGACCGCCGCGACUACGUUGACUGUUCAUCCCUGUAGAUCAGCGAUUGCAUCGCCUGAAACCACUAGCGGAGUCUCUUUCUCAACGUUGGCCCGAGCUCACCUUCACGGAACGCCGCAGGCUUGACUCGUUUGCUUGCCAGAAGCCGUUACAUUGAAUCUUGCAUAAUUCAACCAUGAGCAGCGGUCAGACCUACGGAAAAGAACUGCCGGACCAGGUGGAUCGCUUGGUCGCUCUGACCGAUGUACAGCUUGAGCUACUCGCCGAUGUUCGCGAGAUGCAUAAGGAACGUGUUGCUCUUGAACGUGAAUACGCGACAAAGCUACAAGCCCUCGCCCGCAAGGCCGCGGAAAAGAAGAGCAAGAAAGAUGCUGCACUCGUUGUUGGCACCGAGCCGACCAAGACCUGGGGAGAAGACGUCUUGCAGAGAAGCACUCUCCACAACGCCUAUGCGCAGCUCAUCUCUUCUAUGAUGGAUUCGGCGCAGGCUCACAAUGGUCUUGCGGAUUCGCUGACGGCGCAAGUCAUAGAGGCUCUGAAAGUGACAGAGCGGCGGCAGGAGGAAGCCAAGAAGAAACAAGAACAGCACUUCUCGAAGCUCCUAUCCGAGAGGGAUCGCGUGUAUACCGAUCGCAUCAAGAGCAAACAAAAGUACGACGAAGAUUGCAGCGAGGUAGAAAGCUACCGCCAAAAGCAGGGUCGCGCGGAUGACCGACACGCCGACCGUGCAGCGAAGCAAUUUGAAUCGCAGCAGGUCGAUAUGCAGAACAGCAAGAAUGUUUAUCUCAUCUCGACAUCGACAUCUAACAGACUUAAGGACAAAUUCUACGACGAGGAUCUACCCAGCCUAGAAGACCAAUUUCAAACCCUGCAGGCACAAUUACUCGAGAGAUUUGUGGUCAUCAUGGUGCAAGCGCAGUCACUGCAGAAGAGCCAUCUCGAUACCCUGCGCACUCACAUAGACGGCGUGGAGAGUAGAUUGGCAGCCGUCAACCCACAAGCCGAUCAGGAGCUCUUCAUCGAGCAUAACAUUCGUCCGUUCACGAAGCCUGGUGAUUGGAGCUUCGAGCCAUGUACCGUUCACUAUGAUACCGCAGACAUGGUCGUCGAGCCUGCACCCAAAGUGUACCUACAGAACAGACUGACGAAAUGUCGGAGUAAGUUGGACGAGCUGCGACCGGUGAUCACCUCCAAACGCAAAGAAAUGGAGUCGUUUGCCAGAAUGAUGGCUAACAACGUGGGAAUCGACAAAGCAGCGAACCGAGAAGAAGCAACAGAUAGCUAUCUUGAAGCGCAUCACCAACUCACAUUUUACUUGUCGUCAGAGUACAUGUUACUCGCCGAAAUCGAUGUGAUAUCGGCGGCACUGAGCGGUGAUGAAGGCGAACAGAAGCUGCACGCCUUCAAGAGCACUUCCUUCUCCAUUCCAACUCCGUGCGCCUACUGCAAGUCUUCUAUCUGGGGCCUCAGCAAGCAAGGAAAGACAUGCAAAGCAUGCGGCAUUUCAGUCCAUGCGAAAUGCGAGUUGAAGGUUCCUGCCGAUUGUGCGGGAUCCAAAGGCGCCGUGCGGUCGAGUGCCGCGUCUACCAUGUCACGUUCUUCUACAAUGUCCUCCACAACAUCGAAGAGCGGCAGUCAAGGCAUGACACCAUCUCCGUCCUCCUUUGCGCCUAGAGACUCGGUCAUCCGUGAGGCACUUCCAAGCGCGCAGGUUGUCUACAGUUUUACGCCCACCUCGCCGUUCGAACUAGUUGUGACAGCCGGAACCACCGUGCAAGUUCUUGAGGAAGAUGACGGAUCCGGCUGGGUCAAGGUAGCGGACGAACUCGGGGGCAAAGGGCUAGUCCCAGCGGCGUACGUACAAGUCAUCGAGUCUUCAAGCUCAAGUGCGACGCCGAGACCGCCGCCGGUGCCUCCUGCUACCUCUCGUCCGCAGGUCAAAGGAAAAUCCGUGCGGGGCGUCUACGCGUACCAAUCGCAAGGCCCGGACGAGCUAAACGUGCAAGAGGGCGGCCUAAUCGAACUGACCGGAGGACCGAGAGGAGGGAUGAACUACGCAGAUGGCUGGUGGGAGGGCGUGGAUUCCGCCGGAAGGAAGGGUAUCUUCCCAAGUAACUACGUGGAACUCGCACAAUAAGAAAGUUGUCGAUGUUUGUGAGAUUGUUUAGACUGAACCUGAAUCUGUAUGCCUUUGACUGUUGACACGGCCUGUGGCU